CCGCUGAUAGGCGGUGGCGGGAGAAGUUGUCGUGUUCCGUCCCAUCCCCCCCCUCCCCCUCCCGGCUGGGCCGCGGUCGAUGCCUGGCAGCCAGAGGGUCGGUACCGCCGUCAUCGCCAUGAGCACCCGCGACGACGAGUACGACUACCUCUUCAAAGUUGUGUUGAUUGGAGACUCUGGAGUUGGGAAGAGUAAUCUUCUGUCACGUUUCACACGCAAUGAGUUUAAUCUGGAGAGUAAGAGUACCAUUGGGGUGGAAUUUGCCACCAGGAGCAUCCAGGUGGAUGGGAAGACGAUAAAAGCACAGAUCUGGGAUACUGCAGGACAGGAACGAUACCGGGCCAUUACCUCAGCAUAUUACCGUGGUGCUGUUGGGGCUCUUCUUGUCUAUGACAUUGCCAAACACCUCACCUAUGAGAACGUGGAGCGCUGGCUAAAGGAGCUGAGAGAUCAUGCAGACAACAACAUUGUCAUCAUGCUGGUGGGUAACAAGAGUGACCUCCGCCAUCUGAGAGCUGUGCCCACCGACGAGGCCCGGGCUUUUGCAGAAAAAAAUAACUUAUCUUUUAUUGAAACUUCUGCUCUGGAUUCAACAAAUGUAGAAGAAGCCUUCAAGAACAUCCUUACAGAAAUCUACCGCAUUGUUUCGCAGAAGCAGAUUGCAGAUCGGUCUGCACACGAUGAGUCUCCUGGCAACAAUGUAGUUGACAUCAGUGUCCCACCAACCACGGACGGACAGAAAUCCAACAAACUCCAGUGCUGUCAGAACCUGUGACCUCCUGUAGAUGACUCUUGUGCCCUUCACUUCAUCUGCGCUUCGUCUAGAAACUUGUGUGCACUUCUUAACUCCUGUGAUUCAGUGACUCCCUCUUCCCCCCUUUACCCCAUUCCCAAGUCUCCCCUUUCAUCUUAGAGCUUUGAUUAUAGGGCUAACAUUCCCCUGCCUCUGAAAUUCCCUUCAACAUGGUGACUUUUGGGCUUGAAAUGUAGGCACUGAUCUGAUAGACAUGUUUGUGUUGGAACAUCUGCUGCUGGAUAUUAUCCCAUGAAACACUCUCCUCAAAUGGUUUUGGGUUGUUUUUUUUUCUGGGAGAGAAACCAUGGGGACUUGACUAUAACAGUUGAAGAAAUAACUACAUCUAGGUGACAAGGUUGUUUUCCUUCCAUAGUCAGAUAUUUUUUCUUGUGUUUCUGUAAACAUGGGGGAGAAAUUAAAAGAAAAUAGCUAUCCUACCAAAUGCUCUGUUUUCUGUCCUGAUAGUCUUACAGUGAGGUUUUUAGUGGCUGCACACACAUAAGAAAGCUGUUUAAAAUAACAUUACUUAUUAUGUAAUUACCCCUAAUACAGUUAGUCUGGCUGUGUAGUUUACAGUUUCCUGCUUAGGAAAUCUUUCUUCUUAUUUGGGAACAAUGAAGUAUGUCUGCAUUGCUUUCUCUGCCACCAUGAAUGCCUGUGCUGCUUGUGCCAGCUUCAUGAAAUUGUUUAAUAUUUAUUCAUGGCUUAUGUUAACUGAUUAACGUUAUUGUACAGUAAGUGUCAGCAUAUUGAUUUCAGAAAUCUUUUGCAACCUGUACAAGCAGGCUUAUUUUGUACUGUAGAUCAGUGUCUGAAAGCAGGAUCUUCUAUAGUUCCAGGAUUUUUUUUUUUUGCAUGCUGAUUUUUCUCUAGAUCUUUCCUACCCCUGUUUGAGUGAAGCAAUAUUUUCAUGUCAUGUAUAUACCUGCACUUGGGUUUUGGUUGUUGUAGAGAAACACAAUGCUUUAUACAUUUUGUAAAACUUAUGCAGAACUAUAGCAUCUUGAACUUUCUCUUAAUGAUCUUUCAUUAUUGACCUUGUGCAUAAUCUUCUUGACCUGUACUAAAACGCAUAAUAUUAAGAUUUCACACAAUAACUACUAACCUGUUGUUUUCCUCUUAUUCUGUUUUACUGAAUUGCAGACUAAUUCUCAAACGAUUGUACUUCACCUGAUGUAACAGAUUUGUUAGCAGGGCUAACUCCUAUCAUACUUUGUUUUGCUGAAUGGGAAGACUGUUAUCACAGCUUCGUGUAGUCAGUCUCUUGCUAGCUUGUGAAAAUCAUCUAUGAUGGCUUCUCAUCACUCACUAGCUCUUACACACUUGCAUCCCCUCUGGUAUAUGCCGAAUGUUAUGAUGAGGCAAAUACCUGGUGGAACUCUCUAGAGGAAGAGUUGGAGACCAUCUGUUGCUCUCUGAGGCUAGUGAGGCAAUUUGCAGUGAAUUUUUGCUCUGUGUUCUGAGACUGUACCUCACUCGAUGAAUCCUAUCUGCAUAUUAGUGAGUUGAUUUUUCUUUGCUGAUACAAAGCAAAUACAAAACUGUGAAUUGUGCUUGAAGGGGAAAUCUGACAUUCCAGUCUCAACUGUUCUGUCUGGCUAUGUAAUAAAAUUAAGGGCGGUUAACUUUGAUGGCUUUUCUUUUAUAAGAUUUCCAGACCGAUGCCUUUAAUUUUGUACUGUAUGCACCUAGAGGGCUAUAGUUCACAGUAAAGGGUGCAUGUGGUGCCUAGCACUUUUCAGCUUUGUUUAGAGGAUGAAUUCAGGGUGAAGGGGUGCAUGCUUGCAGCCUAAUCCCAUUGAAUGAGGAUGUGAACUCCUCUUUAGGCAUCACAGUGCUCUGCCCUAAGGGUGUCCCAGUUCAGGAAGCACUUUCAACACUUGGUAUUGACCUAAAUAGCUGGUUGAGAGAAGGUGCAGCCAGUGGGAACUGGAGAUGUCUCCUUUUUGUGGUCCUAGACCAGCAUGUGAUGUGCCGUCAGUAUUUAGAAGGCUGGCAGAUGAGCAUACCAUCAGAGAGGAUGGAAAAUUCUGAGGUGUUGAAAAUAUUUCAUUCAAGAAGAGGUGGACACUAGUGGAGCUGGGCUCCUUAAUUUUGAGCAGAACUUUUCAACUCAUUUCUUCAGGAAUAGCGUGAGGAUGAAGCAUCAUGCUGUUAAGAAGACUUAUUAGUUCGCAGUGAUGUAUUAAUGUGUUUACUCUGCAAAUCCCGUUCUUAACAUGAAGUUUCUAGAAUCAAUCUGGCCUGGUAUAAGAAGCUGAGAAGCAGUUUAGUCACUUCCUUGUAUCUUAAAAGAUAUUUUCUUUAGUAUUUGACUUUGUGGAAGGCUCUAAACUUUGCCUCAGAUUCCCAACAAAAGGUUCAUGUCUAGGGCUUAAGUGCUGUUAAAUUAUAUGGGUAUCGAAGAGACCUUGUACAACUCGAUUGUGUGUUGACCAAAGUCCCCUCAGGGCAGGUGGCUCUUGGACCUGUAUGGUUCAUGCCAGGCAGGAUGGUUUGUUCUGAGAUCUGUUGUGUGGUGUGGAAAGGCCUACCGCCUUUUGCUGCAGGACUGUUUGGUGUACCCGAGAUGUGGGAAGCACGUGUGUGCAUUCAUGUGCGCACACAUAGCUUAUGCGAGUGCUGUAAACUAAGCAGUGGUUUUAUCUGCUGUGGUCACUCAGUUUAUUAGACUAUAUUGACUCUUCCCAGAUUGCUGUGUGGCUCUCCAGGCAGUUAGACAUAAUCCUUCUGUGGAUUUGAGAUGUCUAGACUAAGCACAGGGCCAUUAGUGCCAAUAGGAAAAGGACAGCAGACCAGUCAGUUCUGCCUGGUAAAACCAUCUUCCUGUGCAUAGACAGGGGAAAAUGCUUUUGACCUUGACUGCCCUCGUUUCCUGCUGAAAGCACUGUGCACUCCUCAAACUAUAGUUACAGCCCAAGCUGCUGUUGGUGAUGGCUACUGAAAUUGCAAAGGGGAAGGCUUAAAGGAAUUCUGAGGAAGCUUGAACUGUGGAAAGAGCUGUCUGACAUUCAAAGCUCUCCAAUAGGCCACAAUCCGUAACUGCGCUUUCCUGAUGUGAAAAUGUCCUGGUUUCGCUUAAAUGUAGCCUCACCUGGACUGCUUCAUACUGCAACUUUGCUGGCUCUGUGUGUCUCAGUAUUGCCGUUGGGGAAAACAGAAAAAGUUCCAGCACUCUUCUGUCUGCCAUAAGAGGUUUGAGGGCAGAAUUUGGCUUAUGUAAAACUCGCGAUGACGGGAAAGCUGCCUGUGAAAGAAGGAACAUGUGCCAUACUUGCUUUACUUGGAUGUUGAGGAUGACUUUCACUUAACUA